CCCACAAGACUCUCCGAGGGCCUCGAUCCGGAAUCAUUUUCUACAGGAAAGGUGUGAGAAAAGUACUGAAGAACGGAAAUCAAGUCAUGUAUGACAUGGAAAAGAAGAUAAACGAGGCAGUUUUUCCAGGGCUUCAGGGAGGACCUCACAAUCAUCAGAUAGCUGGUGUUGCUGUAGCCCUGAAGCAGGCAUGCACACCAGAAUUCAAGACUUACCAACAACAAGUCAUCAGUAAUGCCAGGGCCAUGUGUGCAGCUAUGCAAAAAAGAGGAUACACCAUUGUGACCGGUGAGUUUACCUACAAUAAAACUUUAUAAGAAAAAGUUAUCGAU